GGUGUCUUGAGUUCAACUCAAACAACUAGCAUCUUUUUUUCAAAGUACCAAUCGUCGACUACAUUCCUUGUUCCGAUUGAUCUGGAGGACUUCUCAUAUUGCCGACCCCAUCUCCGCCCAGCGCCCCCGAGAUUGAAACGGGUCGGAUUGCAGCAGGCCCUCCUGAGCGGGUUACAUUCUGCAACGACUCUAGACAACACGUUCAGGGUUCUUGGGAGGCUGGCCAAGCUGAAGUGCGCCAACCUGUUCGACUCUUCCCCAAACUGGCUUCGAAACCUCUUUACUCUGUCCCUACGGUGGUGCAUGAACAUCAUGUGUAAUCACCAGCAUGAUGAGGCUCUGGAUAACCUUCUGUCAUCCAACCGCAGGUUUAGCUGCUGAGGAUUACAUUAUCCGAAAUUUCUCGAAAUCGAAUAUCACGCUCAGCACUGGGUUGAUACCGCGCCCCUAUAGCGAUAUGCUCGCUCUGAUUCCAACUCCGUUCGUCGUUUUGGUUAUUGUGAUGAAUCCGGCCGGAUGGUCUAGGGAUCUAUACACCCGGACAAUCGGACUCAUCAUUUCCUACGGGCCAACCAGGGCAUCAAACCAUCCGGAGUUCCCGGACUCUACUCGUGGCAGCUGUUGCAAGCCAAACUCAAUCGGAUGUGACUCGAAAUGACUCUUUCGUCGUUUUCUGGCCUAUUGAUUGUCAAAUCAAAGUUUCUUCUCGGUUUAUCAGCUGGCCGAUCCUUUUUGGUGCUAGGGAAGGAGUUCAUCUCGAUGCGCCUACAUUCUCAUGCUCUCUUCCUCCUUACACUUCUUCCCCUCAGCAACACACCGUGGUCUUCAUGCACCGCAUUGCUCCCUGAAGUGAUUUUCCGGUGCAAUAUUGCCUCAUGCCGAGGUAUAUAGUAUCUCCGAGGUGAAUUGUCGUGAGUAUGGUGAUCACGAUGACGAACUCGUGAGUGUUUAAUUGAGAGGGUGGAGUUUACGAAAAA